ACAUCACCCCUCCUCCUCCUCCUCCACCCUUCCUCCUCCUCCUCCUCCCUCCACAGCCAGGAGCGUCCCCGUCGCUCUCCUGGAUGCGUCGCCUGAUCUCCGGCUGCACUCUUUGAUUUAUUCUGCGCUGUUUGGAGCUGCUUCAAACCAAACAGGAGGAAGGUUUGUCUCCAGCCAUGCAGAAGGUGGAGGGACAGGUAAGCCCAGCCAACCUGCCCUCUUCCAGGGGCCUGAGCACCCCAGGGUCUCCUGCCCACGGCAUCACGGCCAGAGUGAACGACCAGGUGGUGGGCUACAGGGACCUGGCUGCUCUGCCCAGAGAUAAAGCCAUACUGCAGGUGGAGAGACCAGACCUGAUGACCUACCAACCACACCUCAGUUUCUCCCCACUUGACCCUCCACGCAGAGAGAGAUCUCUGUCUCCUCCCUCCACAUCUCCUCCCAGGUCUCCUGAGGUGAAGACACGCAGAGCGGAGAGUGAGAGCGGUUCUCCUGGAGGAUCCACACUGCAACUGCAGUCUGGACGCAAGAUCAGCACCAGCCUGCAGCACUUCCACAGACCAGAUAAUGGAACCAACAUCUACAGGAAACCCCCCAUCUACAAACAAGAACCGAACAAACACGCCGACGGCAGCGGCGUCAUUCAGUCAGCGAAGUUUCCGGCGGCUCAGCCUCCAGAUCCCAACCAGCCCUCCAAGAUCGAGACCGAGUACUGGCCCUGCCCCCCCUCGCUGGCUGCCAUGGAGACUGAGUGGAGGAAGAAGAGGCUGCAGGAGGAAGACGAGUUUGAAGACCUGACAGACGAGGCCAAGACGCUGCAGGAACAAGAGCUGGAAAAGAUCAAGUCCAACCUGGGUCGUCUCAUCCUGAAGGAGGAGAAGGAGAAGGCCGUUCAUUUUCGGAGGAAGACGCAGUCGCUGCCCGACAGAACACACAUGCACGCCAGUUUGUCAGCAAGUGCAUCGAAGUCUCCUUCACGCUCAGGAUUGACCAGAAUGCAGUCUGCAGAGUUUUCCACAGAUGGAGAGAAAGGACGGACAGCCGCUCAGAACGGGGAGGCUCGGAGGGAGAGGAUGGACAGAGGAAACUCUCUGCCGAGCAUCCUGGAGCAGAAGAUUUAUCCUUAUGAAGCGCUGAUUGUGACCCACAGAGGGCGCUGCAAGCUGCCGCCAGGAGUCGACCGCACUCGCCUGGAGAGACACCUGGCUCCGGAGCAGUUCGAGCAGCUGUUCGGGAUGACGAUGGCCGAGUUCGACCGCCUCUCUCUGUGGAAACGAAACGAACUGAAGAAGAAAGCCUCGCUUUUCUAACAGGAAGUGACCUCAUCCAUCUCAAACUACUCGACGAAGCACCGGGAGGAGAAAACAGGCCGUAACAUCAAAUAUCAGCAAACACAGAGCGACUCAUCCUGUUAGUCCACGCAAACAUGUCCUCCAUCCAACUAACCAAUCACGUCCCAGGAUGUGUGGUGGCCCCGAGGAUCAGAGUUACCGAAGGCUGGCCCUGAUUAACCCUUUACUCUGACUAACCUUAACUGAUGCACUGACACAUAUUACCUGUGCCGCACUUAUAAUCACUGCUUGUAAAUCAUCAUAUCAUCAUCAUCAUCAUCAUCAUCAUCACACCUGCGUUUGGUUUCACUGAGCUCCAGAGGUCUGAAUCAGGAAGAGAGAUUAGCAUGUUAGCAGCAUUAGCAUCCAGCUCUUCUGGUAUCCUGAAGCUGUUUCAUGUUUUUAGUGUCACUCUGUUUGUUUUCAGGUGGAAUCAGAGUCCGCAGCCAUGCUAGCAGCUCCGCCAGGCUGCAGCGCUUUGAGCUAAAU